CGUGUCCUAUCAUGAGCUUGAGAAACUGAUGGACGGACUGAAUUUCUCACCGGAAUUUGUGGACCCCACAUAGCUUCUGACCACAGGAACUUCGUGGGGGCGGGCGGGCACAGGCAAUUCGCGCCCCCUGGAAUCAAGCUUUUAUGAAAUAAAAGGUGUUCGAAAAGAGGCUUUCGAAAGCCCUAAUAUUCCACCGCAAGACACCUCCGUCCCCCAAAAAAAUCGGUGAUUCGAUUUUCUCGGUCCAUACAUCUAUUAACGAGGCAAUUAGAGGGGAGCAAUCGGCCAUUUGAGAAGAUACUAUAACUGAAUUUUCAUGGGUAUUGGAAACCGAUGAAAGGAGAAUUUUGAGAUUCCCCCAUUAACAUCCGUACGGCCGUGGAGCUGAAGAUUUAGAUUUUCCGAUUGUUUUAAAGCUAAAAAGAGUGAAUUGUGGUUUAUUGAUAGAAAAGAAAUGCACUGAUAAAGAACUCUGUUGACAGAACUGAUUGGACUCAUCGAUACGGAGUACUGAAAGCCGGUGAGAGAGAUGGACAAUGCUAGUGACUUCACCUUUUGGCAGGUUGAUCUGAAAAUAGAUGAAGCCGAUUUGGAAUCUCCAAGAAACAUCCCUAAUAUUGGUGCGAUCACAAUCGAAGAUGGCCUUUCGACUGGUACAAGCGUUAAUAAGAUCGAUGAUUCCCCAGCGAAGUAUGGAUCAUUAGAUGGGGCCACAUCCAAGAGGUCAGCAGCUAUUGAUUCGCUGCCUCCAAAAUCCAACGUCAGUGAAUUUUCGGAACCAGGAAAUGUUGGAGAUGAUGUCAAUGGUUCACAAGAACAGAAGAUUGUGCCAAGAAAGCCUGCUGUGCGGGUAAAAAUUCCCUUUGCGAAAGGGCAUAGCCAAAUGGACUGGCUAAAGAUUACUCGGACACAUCCUGACCUUGCAGGACUAAAAGGCCAAUCAAAUAAAAGGUUCAUUUCAAUGGAAGAAGUUAAGCAGCACAAGACAGAGGGCUCUAUUUGGACGGUUUUAAAAGGUCGUGUCUACAAUAUCUCGCCCUACAUGAAAUUUCACCCUGGAGGUGUUGAUAUGCUCACGAAGGCGGCGGGAAAAGAUUGCACAUCAUUAUUUGAUAAAUACCAUGCCUGGGUGAAUGCUGAUUUCUUGCUGGAGAAGUGCCUGGUGGGCAUUCUAGAUGAUAGCCGAUGAAGGACAGCCACAGAUCAUGAACAUCACUGGCCCAGUGAUCAAUGUACCAUUGUCUUCCAAUACAAUCAAACUCAUCCACAUGCAUGGGCUUAAUAACCAUAUAUGCUUCAUGAAUGUUGCUGCAUAUCUUAGUCUGUGCAAAAUGUUAACAAUUUACGAGAAGUUAUAAAUGCGCCGUUCAAGAUUGAGGGCGUCUUAUUUGCCAGUUUUUGGCUAUCAAAUGAAACUGAUCAUGGCCCAAUUUGUGGGUAGUUCGGUCUGAACCUAUUUAGUUGUUGUUCCAUUCAACAAUGAUGAUUUUCUUUUUUCUCUCUCUU